AGCUCUCACUCACCAAGCUCCCCACCUUCCACCGGAACUGGUCACUGAGAGCCGAUCGCUGCUGGAGGAAACCCUUCAGAUAUGAGACCACUGAUGAUUCUCCUUGCCUGUUGGCUCCUGGCUGUUACCGAGCAGAAACCUUCGUACCUCAUCACCACCCCCAGUGUUGUUCAUGUUGGCCUGGACACCACCAUCACCCUGCAAGUCUUUGAGUCCGUCACCGAUGUGACAGUCACCAUCUACUUUGAGCAGCCACUGGGGGAGGCAGUGGUCCCCCGGACCUUCUCGGGGGCGUACAGCGUGGAACUGAGCGGGAGGAACAACUUCACUGAAAUGAUCCACGCACAGAUUCUUCCAGGGGAGACAGCUCACCUGAACUUCAACCAUGGAGCACAGUAUACAACUCUCGUCGCUGAACUCUCCCCACCAUUCAGUGUGACCAGAAAGGCUCCCAUCCGGCUGAGAUCACGACCCUACUUUAUUUACAUAGUGACUGAUAAACCCAUUUAUGCUCCUAAUGAAACUGUACAUUAUCAAAUCUUUACAUUCGAUCAAGAAAUGAAACCCAUAAACUGCAUGGUUGACAUUGAAGUAUUGGAUUCAAUGGGCAGUGUCUUGUCAACUCUGGAAGGACAAAGUGAAUCCAGUUCAGUUCACACUGGGGAGAUCAGCUCUGAAUCUGAAAUGAACGGCAUGUAUCAAAUACGGGCAAAAGUCAGCAAAAACUCUGAAUAUUAUGGCUUGAAGAAGUUCCUAGUUCAGAAGCAUGAAGUGCCCAGGUUUGGUGUGCAGAUAAUCCCGGACUAUUGGUACUACGUGACGAGCAGUGACACAUUCCCAUUCUCGAUCCAAGUAGAGAAUAAAACGGAUGGCGUUCUGGAUGCUAUGGUGAUUUUUGGGCUGACCAAGGCCUCUGGCACGAGGGUGUGUUUACCACGACUGGAUCAACAUUUGCAGAUGCGGCAAGGAAGAGCAAAUGUGACUCUGCGAACAAGGGAGUUUUGGCGCAACUUCUUGAAGGUUGGAAAGCCGGAUGAGUUCAUUGGCAGCACCCUUUAUAUUGAGGCAGAGGUGUCAGACAAUAAAUAUAAAGAAAAGAAGCAUCUGGACAAUAUACCUUUUCGACUCUCCCACUAUAACAUCAGCUUUGCAUCAAUGAAACCAUACUUCACUCCAGGAGCUCCAUUCCGUGUCCCGAUAUCGGUUACCUAUCCCAACGGUUCCCCUGUACAAAACAUUUCAGUUCUCAUGGACGUAAGUAUCCUGGAAGAAGCAAUAAUUAAGGAGUCAAUUGAAGGACAGACCGACAUGCUCGGCGAGAUAACUUUCUUAUUUACCACUCCCGUGGACGUACUCAGCAUGAACAUCACAGCCAGAGUUGGAAAUACGCCCACAAAUGCUGUAAAGAAACACGCAGUGGUGAAGAGACACCAGACUGCCAGAAGGAGGUAUCUGCAUAUCAAAGUGCCCAAUGCCCUCCUCUAUCCAGAAGAUAUUAUCACCGUGAACUUGACAGCUCCCGGCCUGCUUGAUACUGAUCAUGUUCAUUUCUACAACUACAUGGUUCUUGGCAAAGGCAGAAUGCUGGAUUUCCAAAGAAUCGAGAGGCGCCCGGAGACGUCGUUCCAGCUGACCAUCACGCAGCCCAUGGUGCCGUACUUCCGGAUUGUGGCGUAUUACCUCCUACAGAACGGCCAGAGGGAGAUCAUCGCCGACUCUGUUCGAGUGGAGGUCGAGAGCCUGUGUGAUACCAAGUUUCAGAUACUCUCGGUGGAAUACGAGGAAGGGCCAGAUCCGCAGCUUCUCCUGUCAGCUCUCUCUUACAGUCCCGCCGAGAUGUUUGUCCAGGCCACAGAUGUCAGUCUGAAGACGUUGCAUGUGGACGACUCUAUCAGCCCUCGGAUGGUGUUUGAAGACCUGGAUUCCACUGAUAUCGGUUUAUCAUCUGGAAGCGGGAACAACACCUCCAGUGUCUUCAGGGAUUCCGGACUAUUCGUCUUCUCUGAUUUAAUGAAACCACCUUCUGAGUCACCUAUCAACCAGCCAAAAGGGAUGUGGGAGCUUCCACCAAGAAAUGGCAGAGGACAUGGGCUGGUGACUAUCAGAUGGAGAAGCAGAGAAGCACACAGAGAUGAUGCUGACUCUGUGCAGCCGACCUGUGAUGGAUGCUCAAUGUGGAGGGUGGAUGUAAAUACAGGAAACAAUACCUUCAGGUUAGUGCCUGACAUGCAUCCACCCGAAUCUUGGGAGGUCCAAGCCCUCAGUAUAUCUGAGAAGGAUGGGCUGUGUCUCGCGAGGCAUGUGCUGGUUCAAAGAGAGAACAUGGUCCCAAUCCAAAGCUGUACCAACGCUGGAGAGUGCGACAAACCACGAGGAAUCCAUCGCAGGUAAAAGUCUUUAGCUGGUCUGACUCGACAGAUGAAGAUGAAAAACAAAGACGUCCCACCGUGCAGUUGGUGAGGUCUCCAGAAGGGCCGAGUUUCCUGGGUGGCUGGCUACUUUGAUGGCACGGGGAAUGCAUUCACAUCAUACUGUAAUCAAAUAAAGUCAGACAUGACAUCCAAACCGAGCUUCUGUUAAGUGCUU